CUUAUAAUAUCUGUUAGACGCGCAGAGGUUUAACAGCAGUUAAUGCCACCAGGGAGGAGCAUGGGUUUGGGUCACUUGACAUGUCGUGCUGAGUGGCACGAUCUUCCAGUCACAUGGUGAUCUAACCUCUAGAAAGUCAAGAUUAAAGUUUCAAGCGUUGUUUUCUUGGAUUUUUAUUACUUUUGGGAAACCCAGUUCAAUUGGAUUUCAGUUUUCGUUAUUAGCCGUGCGGCUACCUUGGAUUAGGAUUUCGUUCAUUUCAAUUGUAAAGUGAAGUGGUUUUACCAGAGACACAGUUGAACUACGAAGUAUAAAGUGGCCUAGCGACUCGUGCUGACGUGGUUACUCGAUCUGCCUUGGUGAGAAAGUUCCGUUUAUUACCGUUGCUUUCGACUUUCCGUUGUGAUAUUGUUUAUUUUCUGUCGAUAACGAACAUAAUCGUACUUUCGUAUCUUGCUGUUGUUCUUUUUUUUUCCAACCGGAGUUGACGCCAUCUUUUCGCACGAUGGGAGAUAGUGAACCAUCCACCCCGCUGGGCAAGGUGUCGAAGGAAACAGACGCCAUGAGCAGGCAAGAAUCAAUGGAUAAAUUUAAUGCUCUUGAAAACACUAUAAGGCAAAUGUUCGGUAUGAUUAGAGAUAUGGCUAAUAACCAGCAGCAAGUGUCUGCGUCUGGAAAUUCAGCAGGCCUUUCACAGUCAGUUUCAGGCUUUCUUUCGGGCUGUCCCAACUGCGGAUACAAGUUCCAUCGCAAUCCCAGAGGGUCUCCUUCAGCAUCUGCUGUUUCCACCUUGGACGAGUCAUGGCAAACACUCCUAGCACAGUCACUGUCAGUAAAUACCAGGAAAACCUAUUCGUCUGCUCAAAAGCAAUUUAUUACCUUUUGCCAGCAAAAUGAAUUUUUACACGACAAUGGUUCUCCCUGUCCUGCUUCUGGGCUUACACUGCUGCGUUUUAUUGGCAAAGCUGGCAAAACGUGUCAAGCUUCAACUCUGAAAGUUUAUCUCGCCGCUGUUCGAGCUUUACAUAUAGCGGAAGGAUACCCGGAUCCUUUACAAAACCUUCAUCGUAUUCCUUUAGUUGUAAGAGGAUUGCGAAGAGUGAAAAGCUCAAAUGCCGCAGCAACUAAGCUUCCAAUUACCGCCUUGAUUUUACAUACCAUCAAAGUGCAGUUAGAUUUGACAAAAUUUGACGAUGCUAUGCUUUGGGCUGCAUGUUGUACUGCCUUUUUCGGGUUCUUAAGGGCAGCCGAAUUUACUGUCCCUUCAAACCAUUUUUCAGAAGGGUUGCAUUUAUCUCUUGAUAAGAUAUCUGUAGACAAGAUGCCUGUUCCAUCAGUUGUAUCUAUUGCAUUGUCCAGGUCUAAGACAGAUCAGUUUGGCAAAGGUUGCUCAAUUUUACUUGCCCGUUCUGACUCUGUUUUAUGUCCAGUAACAGCCUUUAUGACAUAUAUUCGUCUUCGUGGAGAAAGGUCUGGUCCACUGUUCCUGUUUUCGAAUGGUGCCUUCUUGACUAAGAAUAGACUUAACAGUUGGCUACAGAAAUCUUUAUUAUCAGCUGGCUGGAAUGGUCGUUUCACGCUGCACAGCUUUCGUGUAGGGGCUGCUUCUACGGCUGCCUCUUUAGGCUUCCCUGAAUAUCUGAUAAAGGCACUUGGUCGCUGGUCAAGUGAGGCCUAUCAAGUUUAUAUCAAGCUUUCGCAAACUCGCUUAAUAACUGCUUCAAGAUGUCUGGCAUCAGCCUCUACUUUAAGUAGUGGUUAACUUUGGUGGGCAAAGACAUUUUAUUUCGAUUAAUUGUUAUGUUCCCUAAUAUGUUCUGUUCAAGACUAUUUUACCCUUUGUCAAUUUGCUGGUUCAGUUUUUUUGUUGUUGUUCAAAAUUCACUUAUUGAAGUGAUGUAGCUUUUUUUUUUCUUCAUGUUUCUGACAUAGCAUUUUCACUAUUUUAAUUACUUGGACUACUUAAUUACCAGUGGCUCAGUGCCGUUUCGUUUUAUGGCCUUUAGGCCAUUGUUUUAUUUAACUUUAAUAUUUUGGUGUGAUCGCCGUUGGCUCAUUGCCGACUUUUUCUGGCCUUUGGCCAACGUUUCUCAUUCCAUAUUUUAAUGGUGUUUGGCAAAAUGCUGGUGGCCCACGGCCGUUUGUUUUAUGCUUUAUUUAAGUUUAAAAUUUGACGUAAACGCUGUUGGCUUACUGCCGAUUUUUUCUGGCCUUUAGCCGAUGUUUUCAUUCCAUGUUUUAAUGUUGUUUGGCAAAACUGCUGGUGGCUCAGUGCCGUUUGUUUUAUGCUUUAUUUAUGUUUAAAAUUUGGCGUAAACGCCGUUGGCUUUCUGCCGAUUUUUUCUGGCCUUUGGCCGAUGUUUUCAUUCCAUAUUUUAAUAUUGUUUGGCAAAAAUGCCGGUGGCUCAGUGCCGUUUGUUUUUAUGGCCUUUUAGGCCGUUGCUUUAUUUAACUUUAUAAUUUGGCGUAAACGCCGUUGGCUUUCUGCCGAUUUUUUCUGGCCUUUGGCCGAUGUUUUCAUUCCAUAUUUUGAUGUUGUUUGGCGAAAAUGCCGGUGGCCCAGAGCCGUUUGUUAGUUCAGUUAGGAUAUGCUAAAUUUAUGGUUGGUGAUUGGUGGGUACACUAUGUGUCCUUUGGCCGGAAAUAUUUUCCCUGUUACAAUCACCGCCCAUAAAAGGUAUAAUUGUUCAGGCAGUUUAAGGGCUGAUGCAUUGUUCGCCCACUUUCUGAUGUUGAUCUAUGUCCCUCCCUGGUGAAGUAUUAAAUAUCUGUUAGAUGCGCAGAGGUUUAACAGCAGUUAAUGCCACCAGGGAGGAGCAUGGGUUUGGGACACUUGACAUGUCGUGCUGAGUGGCACGAUCUUCCAGUCACAUGGUGAUCUAACCUCUAGAAAGUCAAGAUUAAAGUUUCAAGCGUUGUUUUCUUGGAUUUUUAUUACCCGCCCUCCUCCCCUUCCCUAUUUUCUUUCUUUCCUUCAUAUGUUUCCUAAUUUUUUUUUUUCCUCUCUCUCUUUUCCCGCGGUUCUUUUGCCGUGGGACAGGUGCAUUAGCCGGAAAUAUUUUCCCUGUUACAAUCACCGCCCAUAAAAGGUAUAAUUGUUCAGGCAGUUUAAGGGCUGACGCAUUGUU